CUUGAAGUAGGAAGUAGAGACCUGGCUUCUUUGGAGAUAGAAGAAACCAAACGAUUCUCGACAGCAGACGAUUAUCUAUGGAUCUCUGAGUGGUUUGUCAGUGGACGAUUUUUAUCACGACAGCCUCAUCACCGGGAUGUUCAGCCAUGGCGCAAAUACUGGAUCCAUACCGUACUUGGGAGGAACCGAAUACCUUCUCUUCAGACACAGCACCAACAAACCGCGUGCAUCAAGCUACCCAAAGCAAUUCUCUCUCCUCUCGUGAGAAUGUACUGGAUCUCGAGAGCUUUCUUUCAUGCUCUCAUUGCCAAAUAGCUUUCUCAGACGUGGAAGAAUGGUAUUUACACUGCAGAUCCGUGCAUCCAUCUCCGGUGCAGCUCGUGCCUCCGCAAAGAAUGGGCAUGUCCUUUUCCAUGUCCAAACAGCCGCAAAAGAUCUCAUCGGAUUCAGAAUCUACCGAAUCUUGUUCAGCUAAUGACAAUGUGCUCGAGGACGAGAAUAUGAUUGCGCAACAGGAACUGCAAGUUUUGGACCAAGGUUCGAAAUCAUUUCGACGGACCCAAAAGCACCAGAAAUGGGACUCUAUCAAGACCGAAGUUCAUCGAUUGUAUGUUUCAGAAGGGCAUACAUUACAAGCAACCAUUGCAGAAAUAGAACAGAAAUAUUCGUUCAAAGCUAGCCUUCGAAAAUGGAAAAUGCAAAUCAAAGAAUGGCAUUUCGACAAAAAUCUCACCAAGAAUGACAUGGCUAUCCUGGUGGCCAAAGCGCAGAAACGAGCCAGAGACGAAGGGAAAGAGACCAUAUUCUAUCAUCAAGAUCAAGAAGUGAGCGCCGAAAGGCUCAGCAAUUUCAAGAAGCGGAAGGUAGACGCGGCGUCACCAAGCGCAGCUACACCAAUGAAUAUUACUUACGCUACUCCCAAAGCUCAGAGCGAACUCGACCCAGAGCAAGAGACCGAGCAAGCAACCAAGCAAAACGACUCACACAAAUCGAUCAUCUCAAUGCUAUCCAUCUCUCACGCCCUAACCACCGAAACAGCCUGCGUCAAAUCCCUCCUCACCAUCAACGACCCCUGGCUCACCGACAAAGCAACCCACCUCUCCAACCUCCUCACCUACCACCCCUCCACACGCCUCUCCUCCCAGCUCGAACUCGCGCAACUCUACCUCUCCUACGGACCCUCCUAUCUCGGCGGCCCUAAAAUUAUCCUCUCCACCAUGCUCGAACACAUCACUAGCACCAACUUCUCGCUCUCCACUUCUUCGCCGCGGAGGGUUGACACGCUCGACUCUCUCGCGGAGCAGUGGAAAAUUAUCAAACCCAUCGAGUAUUUAAGCACGUCCGCCGUGCUCGAGCCAGAAGUCGCGUUCUCGCUAUCCUUGCGAUUAACGGGUAUCGUGCACGAGAUGCGUCGGUUGCUCUUUCAUGACGAGAAGUACGGCACGGGAGCGGCGGAUGGGGAGUUGGCGGGUUUGUUCAUCAGCGCGGCGAUGAUUUGUAGUCGAUUUUUGCCGGGGGAUGCACUUGUGUUUUUUGAUGAGAUGAUUGAGCGGGCGGGUGCGUGUCAGGGGUACGUGGCUCAGGACGUGAGGUUCUUGGCGUUGUUAUGUCGGGGGUUGGUUUUUAAGCGGAAGGAUGAGGGGAGGUCCGAGGUUGAUUUUAGAGCGGCGAGGGAGGUUUUGAAGGGGGUGGACCAGGGAGAUACUGAUAGGUUGUAGGGGAUUUGGAGGUUGUUUGAGGAUAGGUUUUUAGAGCAUGAGGUUGUGUAGUCUAUGUCUCGAGUUGUUGCGCGGUACCAGGAUUAACUGCUCGAUUGCCUGUGCAGUUGUAUGAAAGAGCCCAUUGACGAAGGGCUAUAUGUAUACGCUCCUUUUUUCUUUGGAGUUGUGUUUAUUUGUAGUGUAGUCUAAGACAGACUUGCCAGGAAUUAUAGCUCCCUCC